CUCCCCCUCCUCCCCUGCCCCUCCUCCCUCCCCUCUCUCUCUCCAGCUGGUGUUCCCGACUGCUGCGUCCUCCCCUCCAUCGCAGCCCCGUAGAACCUGCUCAGUCAGCUGGAGCCCCCUGCGGACAGCUGGCUCACUCCCGCUCCGGCUCUCAGCUGAGCGGAGGCUGCCAGGGAGCGCUGGCUGGGAGCGGGGGCGCAGCGGCGGCGGCGGCGGCGGAGGCAGGACCGCGGCCAGGGGCGCACCGGCGGCGGCGGCCCCCGCAUCUGUCCCGGCCCGGCCCGGGCCCCGCCGGAGGACUCUAUUGUUCCCGCUCUGUGCUCGGCGCCCUUUCUCCUCUCGCCUUCGGAAGGGAACAAUAGCCCGGAGUGGAGCCGGGCGCCUGGCUCGGGAGGCGGCAGCGGCGGCUCCGCGCGCUCGCCCGGGCUGGGCACAGACACUCCCGACUCUCGGGACCUCUUUUCCCUCCGCCGCCCUCCCCCUGCUGCUGCUGCCGCCGCCUCCUCCCAGGCCUCGGCCCCUGAGCCCUAGCCGGACCUGCGGGAGUGCGGGAGCCAUGGGGCAUGCGGUAGGGAGGGUUGCACCCUGCCUCUGCCGGCGAGGAGGCGAGAGGCUCUUGCUCCUCGUUCUUCUCCUCAUCCUCAUCCUCAUGCUCGGGACCAGCGAGGCCGGGACGCACACCGGAGCCCAGACUUCGCUCCUCUAUCUGUGGAAGACCGGUCCCUGGGGCCGAUGCAUGGGAGACGAAUGCGGUCCAGGUGGCAUUCAGACCAGAGCGGUCUGGUGUGCUCAUGCAGAAGGCUGGACAACACUGCAUACAAACUGCAAGCAGACAGAGAAACCAGACACCCAGCAGGAGUGUUUCAAAGUCUGUGACUGGCACAAAGAGCUGUACGACUGGCACCUGGGCAGCUGGAACCAAUGCCAGCCGGUCAUGUCCAAGAGUCUGGUGAAGCCAGCAGAAUGCACCAAGGGAGAGGAGGGCAUCCAGACCAGGGAGAUUGCCUGUCUCCAGAAGGCUGACAGCCUCAGUGCCGAUGACAGCAUCUGUGAGUACUUCGAGCCCAAACCCCUCUUGGAGCAAGCCUGCCUCAUCCCUUGCCCACAGGACUGCAUCGUGUCCGACUUCUCACCCUGGUCCGAGUGCUCCAAGACGUGCGGGAGCGGGCUGCAGCACCGCACGCGGCACGUGGUGGCCCCCCCACAGUACGGCGGCUCGGCCUGCCCCAACCUGACCGAGUUUCAGAUCUGCCAGUCCAGUCCUUGUGAGGCAGAGGAGAGCCUCUACAGCCUGAACGUGGGGCCCUGGAGCGCCUGCUCAGUGCCUCACACGAGGCAGAUAAGGCAGGCGAGGAAACGAGGGAAGAACAAAGAACGGGAGAAGGACCGAGAGAAAGGAGUGAAGGAUCCUGAUGCGCGAGAACUCAUCAAGAAAAAGAGGAACCGAAACAGACAGAACAGACAGGAAAACAAACACUGGGACAUCCAAAUCGGCUAUCAGACCAGGGACAUUGUGUGUACGCACAAGAACGGCACAAUCACUGCUUUCAGCCUUUGCCAACAAGACAAGCUGCCCGUCACCUUCCAGUCCUGUGUGCUCACCAAGGAGUGCCAGGUGUCCGAGUGGUCUGAAUGGAGCCCUUGCUCCAAGACCUGUUAUGAUAUAUCAUCCCCUAAAGGGAAUCGCGUCCGUACACGGACCAUCCAACAGUUUCCCAUUGGCAGUGACGAGGACUGCCCUGUCUUGGAAGAGAUUGAGCCUUGCCUGACCCAAGGAGAUGGGAUGGCACCGUGUGCUACGUAUGGUUGGAGAACUACAGAGUGGACCGAGUGUCGAGUUGACCCGUUACUCAGCCAACAAGAUAAAAGACGAGGAAAUCAGACUGCCCUUUGUGGAGGAGGAAUCCAAACCCGAGAGGUCUACUGUGUGCAAACCAAUGAGAACCUCCUCUCUUAUUUGAACACACUCAAGGAAAAAGAAGAAAGUCAGUCUCAGAGCCGGUCGAAGGCUAGUGCUGCACCCCUCCUAUCCAUCACUUUUGAAAUUACAGCUUCCAAACCAGUAGACUGGAAACUCUGCACGGGAACCGUCCCGAACACCACUCAGCUCUGCCACAUUCCCUGCCCUGUUGAGUGUGCAGUGUCAGCAUGGUCGGCCUGGGGACCUUGUACCUUCGAAAACUGUAAUGACCAGCAGGGCAAGAAAGGCUUUAAGCUGAGGAAGCGGAGGAUUACUAACGAGCCUACUGGAGGAUCCGGAGGGACUAGUAACUGCCCUCACUUGCUGGAAGCCAUCCCCUGUGAAGAGCCUUCCUGCUACGAUUGGAAGGCGGUGAAGCUUGGGGACUGCGAGCCGGACAAUGGAAAGCAGUGUGGUCCCGGGACGCAAGCGCAGGAGGUGGUCUGCAUCGACAGUGAUGGAGAGGAGGUUGACAGACAGCUGUGCAGAGACGCCAUCCUUCCGAUCCCCGUGGCCUGUGAAGUGCCGUGCCCCAAAGACUGUGUGCUCAGCACGUGGUCAGGGUGGUCCUCCUGCUCCCAUACGUGUUCCGGCAAAACGACUGACGGGAAACAGAUGCGUGCCCGCUCCAUUCUGGCCUAUGCGGGAGAGGAAGGGGGCACUGCGUGCCCAAACCACAGUGCCUUACAGGAGACCCGCAGCUGCAACCAGCACCCGUGCACUGUUUACCACUGGCAGACGGGCCCUUGGGGCCCGUGCAUCGAGGACAGCUCGGUCUCCUCCUUCAACACUUCCACGGCUUGGAACGGGGAGGCCACGUGCUCUGUGGGCAUGCAGACCAGGAAAGUCAUCUGCGUGAGAGUCAACGUGGGCCAAGUGGGACCUAAAAAGUGCCCCGAGAACCUUCGACCUGAAACAAUGAGGCCAUGUCUACUUCCUUGCAGAAGAGACUGCAUUGUAACUCCGUAUAGCGACUGGACGCCAUGCCCCUCCACCUGUAAAGAAGGGGCCGCCGCGGUGAAGAAGCAGUCCCGGAAUCGCGUCAUCAUCCAGCUGCCUGCCAACGGAGGCCGCGACUGCCUGGAGUCUCUGUAUGAGGAAAGGGACUGCGCGGCCCCCGAGGUCUGCCACAGCUUCAGGUGGAAAACUCACAAAUGGCGCCGGUGCCAGCUGGUGCCAUGGUCCAUGAGGCAGGACAGUCCCGGCACCCAUGAGAACUGCGGCCCGGGGCUCCAGGCCAGAGCCAUCACUUGUCGCAAGCAAGAUGGAGGACAGGCUGAUGUCAGUGAGUGCCUUCAGUACGCGGGCCCCUUACCGGCACUAACCCAAGCCUGCCAGAUCCCAUGCCAAGAUGACUGUCAGUUCACUAACUGGUCCAAGUUUUCCUCAUGCAAUGGAGACUGUGGUGCGGUUAGGACCAGGAAGCGUUCAAUUGUUGGAAAAAGUAAGAAGAAAGACAAAUGCCGAAAUUCCCAGCUCUACCCUCUGAUUGACACUCAUUUCUGCCCCUGCGACAAGUACAACGCCCAGGCAGUGGGCAACUGGUCGGACUGCAUCCUGCCCGAAGGCAAAGCGGAGGUGGGCCUGGGAAUGAAGGUUCAAGGAGACAUCAAGGAGUGCGGACAAGGCUACCGCUACCAGGCCAUGGCGUGCUAUGACCAGAAUGGCCGGCUCGUGGAAACAUCCCGCUGCAACAGCCACGGUUACAUUGAGGAAGCCUGCAUCAUCCCCUGCCCUUCGGACUGCAAACUCAGUGAAUGGUCCAAUUGGUCUCGUUGCAGUAAGUCCUGCGGCAGCGGAGUCAAGGUUCGCUCCAAAUGGCUGCGAGAGAAGCCAUAUAAUGGUGGACGCCCCUGCCCUAAACUGGACCAUGUGAACCAGGCUCAGGUGUAUGAGGUUGUCCCCUGUCACAGUGACUGCAGCCAGUAUAUAUGGGUCAGUGAGCCCUGGAGUGUCUGCAAGGUGACUGUGGUGAACAUGAAGGAGAACUGUGGAGAAGGAGUGCAGACCCGCAAAGUGAGAUGCAUGCAGAACACAGCCGAUGGCCCCUUUGAGCCCGUGGAGGACUAUCUCUGUGACCCUGAGGAAAUGCCCCUGGGUUCUCGCGAGUGCAAAUUGCCAUGCCCAGAGGACUGUGUCACAUCAGAGUGGGGCCCCUGGAGCAGGUGUUCACUGCCUUGCAAUCAAAGCACAUUCCGGGAGAGGUUGGCGGAUCCACUCAGACAGGCAGAUGAGGGGAAACCCUGCCCUGACACCAUUGAGAAGGAGCCGUGCGUCCUAAAUAGGAACUGCUUCCACUAUGACUACAAUGUGACAGACUGGAGCACUUGCCAGCUGAGUGAGAAGGCGGUCUGUGGGAACGGCAUCAAAACGAGGAUGCUGGAUUGCGUUCGCAGCGACGGCAAGUCCGUUGACCUGAAGUACUGUGAAGAGCUCAGCCUGGAGAAGACCUGGCAAAUGAACAUGUCCUGUGUGGUGGAAUGCCCUGUCAACUGUCAGCUUUCGGAGUGGUCACCCUGGUCAGAGUGUACUCACACAUGUGGCCUGACAGGAAAAAUGAUUCGAAGGCGAACGGUAAUUCAACCCUUCCAAGGAGAUGGCAGACCUUGUCCUGUGCUGAUAGAACAAUUCAAACCUUGUCCAGUGAAGCCCUGUUAUCGAUGGCAAUAUGGCCAAUGGUCAAGCUGCCGAGUGGAGGAUGCUCACUGUGGAGAAGGGACUAAAACCAGAAAUGUGUCUUGUGUAGUGAGUGACGGAUCGGCAGAGGAUCUUGGCAAGACUGUGGAUGAGGAAUUUUGUGCAGAAAUCGAACCCGUUGUGGAUGGAAAUAAGAAGAUGGUGCUUGAGGAAACCUGCACACACCCUUGCCCUGGUGAUUGUUAUUUGAAAGAAUGGUCAGCUUGGAGCCUAUGCCAGUUAACCUGUGUCAAUGGAGAAGAUCUCGGCUUUGGAGGAAUCCAGGUCCGAUCUCGAGCUGUGAUCAUCCAAGAACUAGACAAUCAGCAUCUUUGUCCAGAACAAAUGUUAGAAACCAAAUCCUGUGACGAUGGUCAGUGCUAUGAAUAUAAGUGGAUGGCCAGUGCAUGGAAGGGGGCCUCUCGAACAGUCUGGUGUCAAAGAUCGGACGGCCUAAAUGUAACAGGGGGCUGCCUGGUGACGCACCAGCCUGAUGCUGACAGGUCAUGUAACCCCCCCUGCAGCCAACCUCAUUCCUACUGCAGCGAGACUCGAACCUGUGGUUGUGAAGAAGGGUACACAGAAGUGAUGUCUUCUGAUGGGACGCUGGAGCAAUGCACCCUCAUUCCCGUGGUGGUCAUCCCCACCGUCGAGGACAAAAAUGGAGACGUGAAAACGAGCCGAGCCGUGCACCCCACACAGCCCUCCGGUAACCCAUCAGGACGGGGACGGACCUGGUUUCUGCAACCAUUUGGGCCAGACGGACGACUGAAGACUUGGGUGUACGGCGUGGCGGCGGGGGCUUUUGUGUUACUCAUCUUUGUUGUGUCUAUGAUCUAUCUAGCCUGCAAAAAGCCAAAGAAACCCCAGAGAAGACAGAACAAUCGUCUGAAACCUUUGACCUUGGCUUAUGAUGGUGAUGCAGAUAUGUGAAGUUUCAUUGCAAGUGACGCUGACCAGCUUCUGCCUCCUGCCUUUAAAAUAGGUAUCCAGAGGUCCUGAGAGUGUUCAACUUGUGUGUGGAUAAACAUGCAUUUUGAGCUUUUCUUGAAAAUGCAUCCAAGAACAGAAGAGUAGAAUUCUCAUUGCCGGUGGGAACGCUUGCGAUGUUAGUAUUUAAAACAAAACUAUCCACGUGGAUAAUUCUGGCAGAUGGGCUAAUUGAACAAAACAGAUUCUGAGUGAUUUCUGUCAUCUUUUUCUGCAAAAACUGCCACCUGGGUCCUGUUGUCAGGAUGGCCCCUGAUGCCAAGCUUGAUCUUCAGCGUUAAUCAACCUAUUGUAACCUGUUAGCAUGAAGAGUUUCUACCAAGCACUCUACCACAUGCUAUAUUUGAGAAUAAGAACCUGUAUAGCAACUCUGUUGAAUCAUUCUAUUAUUCUGUUAGAUCCUUUGUAACAAGCCACUCAAUGCUGGCAAAGUGUAAACUAUAAACAGAGUGGAUCAACCUAUUGAGAAAGCCAAACAACUUGGCAGUUCAUGGCAAUAUUUGUUGGCCCUCAUUUCAGGAGGUAGAGACUCAGUUUGAAGACUUCAGUCUUGUCCUGCUCCCAAGUGUCUGUGCCAGCCAGCCAUGCACAUUCAGGUGUCUGAAAAGAUGGUGUCUUCAAAGUUCGCUUUUUUGAAUGACUCAUUUCUGGAAAAUGGAUUCUCUUCAGUUGACACAAUAGGUUUCUACUUUUGCCAACUCCUGCACUUACUGCCUGCAUAUAUUCUCUCUCUCUCCCUCCCUCCCUCCCUCCCUCCCUCCCUCCCUC